UCUUAUAGGACAUAAAAACGAAUUUCAGGAUGAAUAAUAAGUGUGAAAAUAAUGAUUCGGGAUCUCUAGUGCCCGAGGAUGCCUCCGAAUUAGUAGAAAGUUCCUCACAUGGACGCAUUAGCCCUGGAGGAUCUGGUGGUCAGACGGAAGACCCUAAGCUUCACGACCCUGAGACCAACGACACCAAACUAGAUGUACCGAAGAGUGAAGCUUCUAAUGGCAGUGACUCUGCAAGGGAAGAUGCUUCUAACGUUGGUGACUCCAAAGAUGUUGUACCUAAGAGCGAUGCUUCUAACGGCGAUGUACCGAAGACUGGUGAUCCUAAGACUUGUGGAUCUAAAGGUGGCGACCCCGAGGUAGAGAAACCUACUGCUCAGCCAAGGAGCGGGGAAGGGGUUUUGCGUAGCACCCAAAACCAAACUGGAAAUUACGAUCCGUAUCGGGAACCUCCACCAGCAAAGAGGGCCCGUCGUGAUCUCCCACCUAGAGCUAUCGAACAGAUUUUGAAGAACCUAGCCAACGACACUCCUGCUCAAGGGGAAACCGAUGUAAUUCGUGGUGCUGAAGUUGACAAUAAGGAGAAUGCUCCGCCGACUGAAGUCGAGCAACGCAAUGAAGGAGAAGUCGGUGAGGAUCAGAAGAAGAGUGAUUAACGCGAACUCUAAAAACCCGAUUGAGGGGUUCGAAACCAACUAUGAAUACCUAAGAAUAUUAAAUUCAAUUUAAUAUAGUUGGUUCCGAAUAAUUCAGAAAACAUACAAAGCAAACAUAAACUGUACACAUAUUAUGACCGUGUACCGAGCAAUAAAAACUGCUAAGGUGGAGCAGCCGAUUCUG